UGUCCAAUUGCGCAUCACAAAACUCCGGCUCCUUCGUCUUUUGCAUUCUCUUAGACACGGCACUCGCUGCACCGACCAGCACCCCGACGCGCAAAGAUGCAGCGCCCCAACUACGGCAACCCACCACCGGCGCAUUCACCACCUUUACACCACCCCGUUCCACAACACGUUUCCACAGUCCCUCAGCUACGGUCACCACCUCCCCCGCAACCCCCUUCACAACCUCAGAGCGGCUAUGGCUAUGGGUCACAAGCAGGGGGAAUGCCGCCUCAACAGGGCGGGUAUGGCGUGCACCCGUCGUUCGGCGGCUUCAUCAACGAUCCCACUGCUCAAUUAGGGUUCCAGAUGGGAAAGAGCGCCGUGGAUGCAGGGCAGCACUACAUGGAACAGAACCUAGGACGCCUUGUCUCAGUAUCUGCGCUGAAGCACUACUUCAACGUCACAAAUUCCUACGUCCUCAACAAACUACGCAUCAUCCUCUUCCCAUGGUGGCACCGUCCUUGGUCGCGCCAACGUCAACACACGGCCGAUCCAUCAGCCUCCGCCGCACUACUAUACCAACCUCCCCGAGAAGAUGUCAACUCACCAGACAUGUACAUACCCACCAUGGCCUUGGUGACUUACAUUCUGCUGUCAACCCUGUUCGCAGGUCUACGCGGCGCCUUUAACCCCGAACUCCUGGGCAAAACCGCUACCGUAGCCAUCGCCGUCACUCUGCUCGAGAUUCUCAUCAUCCGAACCGGUACCUUCCUCCUCGCCAUCAGCAGCUCCUCGCAACUCCUCGACCUUGUCGCAUACAGCGGCUACAAGUUUGUCCACGUUAUCGUAUCUCUGCUCAUCACCAACUUGGCCAACUGGAUCGGUUUUAGUAGCUCAUGGGUCGGCUGGGUUAUAUUUCUUUAUUGCUUCAGCGCGAACUCGUUCUUUUUGUUGAGGAGCCUGAAAUACGUGCUGUUGCCCGACAACAAACCCCAAGACGCCUUUGGGGCUCCUGCACCCGUCGGAUACCAGGAUAUCAAGACAGGUCAGAAGUCGAGGAGGACUCAGUUUUUGUUCGUUUAUAGCUAUGUGGUACAAUUUGGAUUCAUGAUCUGGUUAAGCAAGGUAUGAACUGGGUACGACUAGUGGAGUAGUGCAUCUAUGCUGGGGGCGUAGACACCGGUUGGACUUGGGAAAACAUGCGUAGCUACUCUGUUAUUAAUCACCAUGUUAACGACUCGGACAAGCGAGACGUCUCCGCGAGGGAAACGGACGCGUUUGAAAAGUACGAUGUAUUAUGUAUCUAUUAGCGUCCAGCAUCUGCAUACGCCUACUCGAUGCCAAAGACCCUUGCGCAUCCCACACUUCCGAUCUUCAUCUCGAAUCUUGCACGAUCAAUGUA